AUGGACAACAAUUCAUCAGUUUUAGAAGAGGAUUUGAAUGGAGCCAAUAUUGGAGCACAUGACUUUUUUGGUGUUGAUUUGGAGCAUCCCGGAUUGGAGGCGCCCGAUGGCGAGGUACAAUCUUCAAAUAAUUUGGUUGAUGUUCUGGAGGCUAAAUUAGCUGUGGGUGCAUUGGUGAAUAGUAUUGAAGAUGCUUAUUUGCUUUAUUGUCAAUAUGCACAUGCUAAAGGAUUUAGCGUCAGAAAAGGAGAUCAACGUUGUUUUCCCCGCAGUAGUGAAAUUCAGUUGAAGAUCUUUGGUUGUUCUUGUGCUGGUGAAAAAGAUUAA